AGUCCGCUUUGGUUGCGUCGUUUUCUGUUGCGGAGGAGGCAGCCAAAGCCAAGACAGCGCUUCAGUUGCAUCGUCUGCCCUGGUCUCUUCCCCAAUUAGGCGGAUGAAAGCACAUGCGCGGAGCGAAACAACUGAAUCGUGUCCAUAUCCUAUUAUCUAUUCUUAGUAGUAGUAAGAGAACCACAAAGCAAAAUCAAAAAUGGUUGCGGCGGUGCGCGCGGCUCUUCUGGCACUCGCCGUGGUCAUCUGCUAUUUGGAUCACAUAGCCCUUAGGGCAGAGGCGCGCUAUGCCAUCUCCCAGUCUUCGGUCAGCAUCGUGACCGGUAUUCUGCCCGAGGCCAAAGUCUUCGCACGCGACCGUCAACGUGCCGGCGAGUGGCACUUCGACUUUACCAGCACCGCUGACGAAGAGAUCUUCUUUGAGGCGGAAAACAAAGCGACCCAGCAGUGGCGGGAGUGGAAGCGCCGGGUGCGCUCCUUGCGGGCCUACCGUCAGCAGCAACAGCAGCAGGACGCCACAAACGCCCGAGACGCGGCAGACGACGAUAAUCCGGCAGGUGACCACACCCGUGGCACCGACCGCCACAGCUCCGCCUUGGCCAACUACUUUACGGAGCGCCAAGUCCAGAAGCGCUUUCAAGCUCGCAUCAAGAAGCAAGGCGGCUUCAAUACGAGCACCGCAGAGGGCUUGGAGGAGGCGUCGUCGGAAGUGAGGCGCGACAUUGCCUCCUUGUGGGACCGGCUACAAGCGGCGGGUGCCAGCAGCGCGCCAACGGAUCAGGCUUAUUUGGGCCUUGUCGAGCGACACUUUCCCCACACGUACGUCAGAAAAUGGGACCACACCGCCGCUGACUCCCCUUUCCCUUCGUUGACGUUGCUGCACACUCCUUUUCUGCUCGAGGCAGAGGUGCUCCCGCACGUUGAGAAGGAAGUGGAGCACCUGCGCGAGUUGUGGCGUCUCCGCCGAGACGCAGCGGUGUCCACGACGGCAGAGGUCGACGCGCAACUCAGCGAGAUGGCGGACCUCGUUGAAAGCAGCCGUGCUUGUUGCACCCAAGUCGUUUCUCUAGUGGCCCCGCUAGCAGAGGCAGCGAGUCGGUUGGUCGCCUCCAACCUCGUCGCCACACGCGACGCCAUCAGCGCCAACGACGAGGCGACCGAGGCAAAGCGGGCGGAGCUGAAGCAGCUGCACCGGCAGCGGUCCAGUUUACAAAAAGCAAAGCAGGCGCUGGAUCGGCACCUCGGCGUGUACACCGGCGUGCUGCGGCGCCACCAGCUUCCCAACGCGGAGGCCGUUCUCUUCGCCCUCGAGCUGCUCGCCAAGCAACGCUUCGGAGACGAUGUACAGGGUGUGAUAGAGGCCGUGCCCAUCCUCAGCACCACCGCCCCCUUCACCGGGCUGCUGGAGGAGGAGUGGACGACGCACGUGCUGCGACCGUUUUGCGUGUGCGUGCUCAUCACCGCAGCGUUUCUCUGGAUAGCAGAGGAGGUGAAGGAGUGGUGCCUGCGUCGAGUGCAGGCGUCCAAAGCCCGCCUCGUCGCCGGCAUCCGCUCUCCGCGUGGAGCCGCGACCACGGGGACUGGACGUUUUCGCAAGCUGUUCCUCCUGGCGUGCCUGUUGGAAGCACUGAUGCCUCCGCUGUUGCCGGCGCUCGUUUUCGCAGUGCACCUUCGCAGUGCGGCCGACUGGUCGAUGGCCGUCGUGAAGGUCAUGCGUCCCAGCCAACGUGUGGUGUGUGUUGUUGCACUUCUUGGUUUGACGGUCCUCAACUAUGUGUGUGGCGUGCUGGUGCGGCGCUUGUUUCUUCUUAUUGAUCCUUCGGUGUACCGCCGCCGCCAUGCGAAGAUGAAGUGA